AUGUCAUCGGAAGACGUGUAUACGCCGCUAGACGUGUACAACUCCCCCCAUGGAAUAACGAUUGUGCAGCAGCGAAGUCCUGUGCUGAAAGUGAUGCGUGCAUCCUUCACUGAGCGCCUGAUGGAAUGGAUCAAACGUGCAGGCUUUACCGAUGUCCUGCUCGUAUCAAGUAUGGAUGCUGCUAUGCGCAUGGAUAUCGAGUUUUCCACGCCGUUCCUGUAUACGCGACCCGUGAAAGCGGAUGACACGCCUCUAUCACACACAAUAAGCACGAAGUAUCCGCGAUUUUGUCCAGCGGCCUUCCGCGGCCCCGGCUUGCCACCCAUGCCGGGUAGCGGCACUGCUCGGAUAUACUUGGAGCAUGCGCCAAAGAACUUUGUGGCCCUAUUUAUGUUCUGCGCGGAAGGUGACAACCGGAUGGAUGCGCAUGUGUAUGCUGAGCAAAUCGCUCUGGCAUGCAACGUGCGCGUGACUAGUACGUACUUAGAGCCACCGUAUGGCAACUUACCGCAACAGCACCAUUGA